CAUGUAUAAGAACAGGCAGGACUCGUCGCUUUGUGGUUGUUGUCUUUGAUAUUCCCAUCCACACAGACAACCAUCCCAACCAACCCAGACCACAAAGAGCAACCACCAACUCCAAACGCGAAAGCAACACCUUCAACGUCGACUCCUUCAGCACAACCACAAAACCACACCCAUCCAAACAUCACCACCGCCCAAUAUGCACGCCAACACCUUCGCCGCCUUCCUGCUGGCCGCGGCCCUGCCCUCCAUCGCCACCGCCGCCGCUACGGGCCCUAGAGAUGGUUUCCGGGUCGUCGUCAGGAGCGACUCCUCCGCCCCGUCUUCUUCGGAUGCUAACGAGCUGGACAGGCGCAUCGUACAACCCAUCUGCAUGGGGAUUAACUGCCCUGUAAUUAGGCUCCCGACUAUCUGCAAGGGUCUUAAAUGCCCUCCUAGAACCCCCCCGAUUGCCUGCGCGGGCAUUAACGGCUGCGGUGGCAGCCGGUUGAACAACAACGCCAUCCAGGCCCGGGAGCCCCAUGGCCACAAGAACGGCGGCCACAAGCGUAAGUGCCCGCCCGGCCAGAAGUGCAGGCGCCGCAAGUGCCCGCCCGGCGUCAAGUGCCACGGGCGCCCCAAGGGUCCCAAGGGUCCCAAGGGCCCUGAGGGCGGCAAGGGCCCCGAGGGCCAGCCCGGCGCUCAGGCCCCGCCUGCCGGUGCCGCCGCCCAGCCCGGCGGCGCGGCGCCCGCCCCCCAGGCUGGCCCCGAGGGCGCUGGCGAGGUCAAGGCCGCCGUCAUGCCGCCCGCCGGCAAGCCUGCUGCCGAGGGCGCGCCCGCUGCCGCCCCUGCCGCCGCGCCCGCCCCCGAGGCUGCUGCUUAAGCGGUUGCGAGUCGCGAACGAUUCCGGAUUUUGUUCUCAUCCACGUCUUUUUCCUUGUUUCACGGAAUGCCCCCUUUCUAGCCCAUCUGUCUUCCUCUCUUCGUCUCAUCUUG